UUGGUAAACGUACAGUAUAGCAACAAAACUAAAAUGAAGAAAACUGAGUUUACAAUCACAACAAUCCUUUCAUUGGUGAUUUUAGUGCUAGUGUUUUUUUUUUUUAUCAAGUACCAUUGGAAUAGGAGAUGGCUCUAUUACCACGCGAUGAAGUUACCGGGACCAUGGGCUUUGCCCAUCCUCGGAAGUGCCCAUUUGUUUCACGGAGGAUACGACGACAUGUAUCAAGCAAUGUUGCGAUUGACCAAAUCACAGCCACCUCUCUUCAAAAUCUGGUUAGGCCAAGACCUGAUUUUCGUUACUUCACGACCGGAAGAUUGUGAAAUUAUUUUGAGUAAAUGCUUCACAAAGGGAAAAUUUGCCACAUUUAUGGACCCAAUUUUCUGGGAGGGAUUACUAACAGCUCCAGCUAUUAAGUGGAAAAGCCACCGAAAAAUCAUAAACCCGUCGUUCAAUAUCCAGAUUUUAAACUCAUUUAUUGGCGUUUUUAACAAACACUCGAAAAAACUGGUCGAAAAGAUGCGAAAACACGCCGGUUCUGACUCGGUUGAUGUUUCCUAUUGGCUGUUCCGCAACACUAUUGAUAUUUCAUGUGAAACUUUGAUGGACAUUGACGCUGAUUUAAUCAAAGGACAAGAGGAAUACAUUGAUGAUUGCAUCAAGGCGGAAAAAUACUCAUCAACUCGCAUGAUCGGGGUGUGGUACCACCCUGAAUUCAUUUGGAAACACUCUCCCCUAGGAAAGUUAACCAAAGCCACCUCUGACAAAAUUUUGGACUUCGUCAGAAAAAUAAUCAAACUCAAAAAACUAGAACCAGAACCACUUUUAAAAAACUGUGGCGACUUUCCGGACGAUUCCAUGCGAAAAAAACAUUUCCUAAACAAUCUGCUCAAAAUGUCCGAAAAUAUGACCGAUGACGACAUUUUGGAAGAAACCCAAACCAUGUUAGUUGCAGCUAGUGAAACAACUGCCUUGACCAUGGCCACCGUUCUACUCACUUUGGCCAUUUUUCCACAAGUUCAGGUU